GAGAAAUAGAGACAAGGUAGUAAGAACAGAAGAUGACGGACGGAUAGAGACUGUGUUAGUAGUAGAUGUAUUUCACAAAGUUUCUAGUGGACUCAUUUGUUUUUUUUGUACAAUGGGAAACGCAGCGUCUUGUAAAGGUUGUGGAUCAAAUCAAUCUCUACGAAGGGCCGGAAGUGAGAAUAACUUGAACCAUCACACUGACAACUACAGAGCAACAGAAUCUGAAAACUUGAAUGAUUCUUUGUCUGACAGCAACACCAGUUUCCUCCGAGCAGCACGAGCGGGGAACGUCAACAAAGUGCUGGAGUUUUUGAAAAAUGGUAUUGACAUCUGCACAUGUAACCAGAACGGCUUAAACGCUCUACACCUGGCAGCGAAAGAGGGACACAUGGAUUUAGUGGAAGAGCUACUGGACAGAGGAGCACAGGUUGACUCUUCUACCAAGAAGGGGAACACUGCACUCCACAUCGCCUCUUUAGCGGGACAGAAGAACGUGGUGAGGCUCUUGGUCAAACGAGGGGCCAAUGUGAACUCGCAGUCACAGAAUGGCUUCACUCCACUCUACAUGGCAGCGCAGGAGAAUCAUCUGGAAGUGGUGAGAUAUUUGCUAGAAAAUGAUGGAAACCAAAGCAUAGCCACCGAGGACGGCUUCACUCCUCUGGCCAUUGCGCUGCAGCAGGGACAUAACUCUGUGGUGUCUCUGCUGCUGGAGCACGACACAAAGGGAAAGGUCCGGCUCCCGGCUUUACACAUCGCGGCUCGCAAAGACGACACCAAGUCAGCGGCGCUACUGCUUCAGAACGACCACAACGCUGAUGUCCAGUCCAAGAAUGGAAUUACUCCUCUUCAUGUGGCUUCAAAACGCGGGAACACCAACAUGGUGGCGUUACUCCUGGACAGAGGGGCUCAGAUUGACGCCAAAACUAGAGACGGCCUGACGCCGCUUCACUGUGCAGCAAGAAGUGGGCAUGACCCAGCAGUGGAGAUCCUUUUGGAGAGGGGGGCGCCCAUCCUCGCAAGAACCAAGAAUGGACUGUCCCCUCUUCACAUGUCAGCCCAGGGAGACCACGUAGAGUGUGUGAAGCUACUGCUGCAACACAAGGCGCCUGUUGAUGAUGUUACACUGGACUACCUCACAGCUCUACAUGUCGCCGCUCACUGUGGCCACUACAGAGUCACCAAGCUCCUGUUGGACAAGAAGGCCAACCCCAACGCACGAGCUUUGAACGGCUUCACUCCUCUUCACAUCGCUUGCAAGAAAAACAGAGUCAAAGUAAUGGAGCUGUUGGUCAAAUACGGGGCCUCCAUCCAGGCAAUAACUGAGUCUGGUCUGACUCCCAUUCAUGUAGCUGCCUUCAUGGGCCACCUCAACAUUGUUCUGCUGCUGCUGCAAAAUGGAGCUUCACCUGAUAUCCGUAACAUUCGCGGUGAAACUGCACUUCAUAUGGCAGCACGAGCCGGUCAGAUGGAGGUUGUUCGCUGUUUGCUCAGGAAUGGUGCAUUUGUAGACGCUAUGGCCAGGGAGGACCAAACUCCCCUGCACAUUGCCUCCCGUUUAGGAAAAACAGAUAUUGUGCAGCUCCUGUUGCAGCACAUGGCUCAUCCAGAUGCUGCCACCACCAACGGUUACACCCCGCUCCACAUCUCAGCCCGAGAGGGGCAGGUGGAGACUGCAGCUGUGCUCCUGGAGGCAGGAGCCUCACACUCUCUGGCCACUAAGAAAGGAUUCACCCCUUUACAUGUAGCAGCUAAAUAUGGAAGCCUCGAUGUAGCAAAACUGCUUCUUCAAAAGAAAGCUGUCCCUGAUGACAUAGGAAAGAACGGUCUAUCUCCACUUCACGUGGCUGCACAUUAUGACAAUCAGGAAGUGGCUCUGCUGCUGCUUGAUAAAGGUGCAUCUCCUCACGUCACUGCAAAGAAUGGCUACACCCCUCUGCACAUUGCUGCUAAAAAGAACCAAACCAACCUAGCACUUUCCCUGCUGCAGUACGGAGCAGAGACCAACGCACUGACUAAACAGGGAGUCAGUCCUCUACACCUCGCAGCUCAGGAAGGACACGCCGAAAUGGCCGCUCUGCUGCUGGGCAAAGGAGCACAUGUCAAUGCAGCAACCAAGACUGGCCUGACUCCUCUACAUCUCACCGCUCAAGAGGACAGAGUGAACGCGGCCGAAGUACUGGCCAAACAUGAUGCAAACUUAGAUCAGCAAACAAAACUGGGAUACACUCCUCUUAUUGUGGCGUGCCAUUAUGGAAACGCCAAGAUGGUGAGCUUUCUGUUGCAACAAGGAGCCAACGUCAACGCCAAAACAAAGAGCGGAUACUCACCUCUGCACCAGGCAGCACAGCAGGGGAACACACAUAUCAUAAAUGUUUUGUUGCAACACGGGGCCAAACCAAACGCUACAACAGUGAACGGGAACACUGCUUUGUCCAUCGCGAAACGUCUGGGUUACAUCUCUGUGGUUGAUACUCUGAAAGUGGUGACAGAGGAGGUCAUCACUACCACAACAACCGUGACAGAGAAACACAAGCUGAACGUGCCAGAAACUAUGACAGAAGACUUAGACGUAUCAGAUGAAGAGGUUUUUAGGGUUGACGACGAGACUUUAACUGACGGGUCUGUAGAGGUGGAAGGUGAGGAUACCAUGACCGGUGACGGGGGAGAAUAUCUGAGAGCGGAGGAUCUCAGAGAGUUGGGAGAUGAUUCUUUACCGGGACAUUAUUUGGACGGGUUCAGCUACAUGAGUCACAACCUGGACAGCUUCCAUCAGAAAGAAGGAGUUCUCAUUGAAGAUAUGAUUUCAAGCCACCAAGUUUCAGCUCUGUCGAGAGAGGAUAAAGAGUCGUUUCGCCUGAGCUGGGGGGCUGAACACCUCGAUAAUGUGGUGCUGUCUUCCACACUGCUGCACUCUGGCCACUCCACACCGUGUCUAGACCAUGACAACAGCAGCUUCCUGGUCAGUUUUAUGGUCGAUGCUCGAGGUGGAGCCAUGCGCGGUUGCCGUCACAAUGGGCUCCGUAUUAUUGUCCCACCGAGGAAGUGUUCUGCUCCCACGAGAGUGACCUGCAGACUGGUCAAGAGACACCGCCUCGCCUCCAUGCCUCCGAUGGUGGAGGGAGAGGGUUUGGCUGGUCGUAUAAUUGAAGUGGGACCCACCGGAGCUCAGUUCUUGGGGCCUGUGAUUGUAGAGAUCCCCCAUUUUGCAGCACUGCGAGGCACAGAGCGAGAGCUUGUCAUCUUGAGGAGUGAGACAGGAGAAAACUGGAGGGAACAUCACUGUGAUUUCACUGAGGAGGAACUAAACCAGAUACUUAACGGCAUGGAUGAAAAGCUUGAUUCUCCUGAAGAACUUGAGAAGAAAAGAAUAUGCCGUAUCAUCACACGAGACUUUCCCCAGUAUUUUGCAGUGGUGUCCCGUGUAAAGCAGGACAGCCAUCUGAUUGGUCCAGAGGGAGGGGUCCUCAGCAGCACCCUGGUGCCUCAGGUCCAGGCUGUGUUCCCUGAAGGAGCACUCACCAAAAAGAUAAGAGUGGGUCUCCAGGCCCAACCAAUUGAUGUUGACACAGUGAGAAAAUGCCUUGGUAAUAAAGCAAUAUUUAGUCCAAUUGUAACAUUAGAGCCAAGACGAAGAAAGUUCCACAAACCUAUCACGAUGACCAUCCCCAUCCCCAAGCACUCCAACAGUGAGGAUCAAAACACUGCCUUCAGUGGAGAGACGCCGACUUUAAGAUUACUUUGCAGUAUUACAGGUGGAACAACUCCAGCUCAGUGGGAGGACAUCACAGGAUCUACACCUCUAACUUUUGUUAACCAAUGUGUUUCCUUUACUACAAAUGUAUCAGCAAGGUUCUGGCUUAUUGACUGCAGACAAACUCAAGAAUCAGUUAGCUUUGGCACACAGCUUUACAGAGAGAUUAUUUGUGUGCCGUACAUGGCCAAGUUUGUAAUCUUUGCCAAGACGUUAGACCCUAUCGAGGCCCGACUGCGCUGCUUCUGUAUGACGGACGACAAGAUGGACAAGACGCUGGAGCAGCAGGAGAACUUCACAGAAGUUGCACGCAGCAGAGACGUUGAGGUACUAGAGGGAAAACCUAUCUUUGCUGACUGCUUUGGAAACUUAGUUCCUCUGACCAAGAGUGGACAGCAUCAUGUUUUCAGCUUCUUCGCCUUCAAGGAGAACAGAUUAGCCCUCUUCAUAAAAAUUCGAGACACUUCACAAGAGCCGUGUGGACGUCUGUCUUUUACAAAGGAACCACGCACCUAUCGCAGUCUUAAUCACAACGCUAUCUGCAACCUCAACAUCACUCUACCGACGUAUUCAAAGGAAUCUGAUUCAGACCAAGAUGCCGAUGAUGAGAGUGAAAAGAGUGACAAGAAAUUUGAUUGGCAGGAUGAUGCUGACAGAAAAGAGGAGACUUUGACAAUCAUCGCAGAUCUUCUUGGCUUCAGCUGGACUGAGCUUGCGAGAGAACUUGAAUUUAGUGAGGAUGACAUUCAAGUCAUUAGAACAGAAAAUCCCAAUUCACUUCAGGAACAGAGUCACGCCUUGCUUCAGCGAUGGGUUGAAAGAGAAGGAAAACAUGCCACUGAGGAUUGUUUGGUAAAAAGACUAACGAAGAUCAACCGCAUGGACAUAGUACAUCUUAUUGAAACUCAAAUGAACAAGUCGGUAGUUGAACAAACAUCAAGGACUUAUGCAGAGAUUGAGAAGACACUUGAUCACAGUGAAGUGUCAGUGGCCCUGUCUUCAGUGCAAGAGGAUGUAGAUAGUCCCCGAGUUGUAAGAAGGGUUGAAGGUGAAGAGCGUAGACCACCUCCAGCAGUUUCUGAAGAGGACCUUUCAGUUGCGUCCUUGUUGGAUAUUCCGUCCUGGGCAGAGCCUGUUGAACACACUCAUUCAGAAAGCAUACAUGAUCUUCUGGAGGAGCUUGAGAUUCCACAAGAAUUGAAUCCCAACCUUUGGAACCCUGAUGAUGUUAAUAUACAAGAGCCAACGAGUUAUACCCUAGAGGAUGAGCAAAUCCCAACAACAUCAUCCAAGAACAUUCUUUCAGAACCCUCAGAACAAUCCAUUCAGUUCAAUGAAAAACUGCCAAAUUUAGAUCAGCCAAACACUUUGUCUUCUAAUACACAACCACAGUUUUUGGGGCCUUUUGAACUCACGAAGACUGAAGUAUCAAUCACACCAACUAAACAAAAUGAAGAUUCAAUGUCUUCUAUUCUUUGUUUAGAGACUCCAGUCCAUUUUGAUACUGUAGCUGACCCAGUCAUUGGACCCAUAGAAACUAACUCAGCAGUAACUGGUUUGACUCACUCUGAACUUUGGUCAUCCAUCGAUGAAAGCUCUAAUACAAAUAACAAAACAUCUUCUAACUUUUUCCAACAAGAAAAAAGCCAGAGUGUAGAUACAGACACCCAAAUAACCACAGAGAUUGAACAAGACUUUCAAAUGGUUGAAAUUAUUCAUCAAGAACCUAUAUCAGAGUUAAACAUUGCCAGUGAUGAAAGUGAAUCUGCACAACAUCAGGUGACACUUGAAGAUCACCCUGUAGCAGAGACAAGCCAGAAUAACACAACUGUAGCAUCAUCAGUGUCUUUUCCCAAAAUGGAUGAUGUUGUAGCUUGUGUUUCUGACAAAAUUUCUGAUGAUCCUCUGGAAAUGUUUCACCAAGAGGACAUUGAGACUUAUCUGGACGAUGGAAGACAGGACAGCAACACACCUAAAAAUGUGAUACCCACUGAAGAGCUUAACCUAUCUAUCGAUGUUGACGUUUCCAAUAUUGGUGCAUCAGGAAUAACUACAUCAAAACCAGAACCUAAUUCAGAUGAAUCCAGAUUAGAGCCAGGACAUGAUCCUUUAUUUGAAGAAAAGAUGUAUAUUUUAGAAGAAAUGCAACAUUUGGACAUAACGCAGGGAGGUCAAAAUAAUCAAACAUUUGAAAUAUCUUCUUUGACUCCUCCCCCUAACAUAGAGGAGAGUCAGGCUUACCAAAAACAAGACACACUUUAUGAAGACUCUACCAAUUCUCAGGAUUUUGAUUUAAAAGUCUACCCUGCAGCUGAAUUUCCUGAUUUUUCAAAGGAUCUGACAGAGUCUGUUGCAUCAGAAUUUGUUCAGUCAAAUCAAGACCCUAUAUCAGACUUUAGCCAUUUAGGCAGUGACCAGUCAUCCCUUGACGAGCAUCAGGAGAGUUCUGAUGAAAAAGAUCAGGAUUUAGAUCUGGAAAUACAAACUAAAGAAAGUGCAGCUGAACUAUUGUCCACUAUGUCUCAGCCUAAAAUGAAUACCAGCCAGACAAAGGACGAAGAAAGCCUGUCCCGCAAAGACAGUGAUGAUUAUUCAGCUGAUGUAUUUGAAACUAAUUAUGACAAGCCUUUUGAAGAUUCUUCUAGCUCUGGAGAUCUUCCAAUCUCUGCAAAUAUUGACAAAAUGGACAUACAUGCUUCAACCGUGGCUGCACCAGAAGCAUCAAGAUUUUUUGGUUUUGAGGAAGCUUUACCUACACUCGAGAGCCCUGUGAAGUCAAAAGACAAUUUGCAUCAUUCAGAAGAGUCAGUGACACCAGUGGAGAUUUUGGAAGCUCGAACGUCCCUUGAUUCUGAACAGGCGAUAUCACCUUCAGAUGAUGAAUACUGCAUCCCACCCGGUUAUGACGAGGUCUCCAAUACUUUUGAUGACAAUCCUGCACACACCAAAGCAGCGAGCCCAACUUUUGAACUUUCUGACACAGAGCCAUACUUUGACUGUAAACAAGCAAGUUCAGACCUUUCAGAGACAGAAUCUGAGGAAGCGGACUUAAAAUUUCAAUCGCGUCAACAAUCUUACAACUAUCCAAAGAAGCAAGGAUUUUUUCUCCAGCCUCUCUUACCUUCUUCUGGAAGUGAACACUAUGAAGAUUAUUCUUUUACCUACCAACCUCUUGACCACGUACAAGAGGAAAAUGAAGAGAGUUCUGACGAGGAGUUCACCUUGUGUGAAGCUCCACCAAAGAUGUCUAUUUGUGAAACUGAAGCGAGAGAUAUUGAUGAAGAUGACACUAGUGAAUCAAUCUCAAGGGAAAUCAAAGCAGAACUUGGAACACUGUCAGAAAGUUCUGAUGAGGAGUUUUUGACCACAAGGAUAAUUCGAAGAAGGGUUAUCAUUAAGGCAGAUGAACUGGACGAUAUCCCACCUCAGUCAGUUUCUGAAGAGAUAUACAAGGAUGAAAAUGGAUGCACUGUUGUAAAAAAGGUUACCCGAACAGUUAUCCGUAAGUGUGUUUCUUCCUCUGAUGGAGCUGAGCUGGAGCACGUCCCAUCUGAAGCGGGUGCCCAGGCCAGCAUCAGGUCGCCCAAGGGUGAAGGAUACUCCAAAGUGAUCAAGAGGACUGUCGUAAAGAGCGAAGGCGACCAGUCAGAGGUCACGUUUACUGAAUUUGAGGGUCUAUCGAAGCAAGACCAAGCUGAAGGCGGGAGGGUCAGUUGUGUUGAGAAGACAGUGGUGCUGGAGGGCGAGCAGACGAUGACACAACACGGUGAUGAGACUUUGGCCUCGGACGUCCCCUCGGCACAAGAUGAUUUCAGACAGGCUCUAGGUUAUAUAGGCGGUUUUAAUGACAAAGAGCUCCCUCGUGUGGUAGAGAGGCAGAGUGUCAAAGAUGAUGGGACUGUAGUGAGGAGGGCCCAGAUGCGUAAAAGCCGCACUCUGAGGCGAACCGUGGUGAAGGGAGCUGGCCAGAAAAAACAAGUGCUUUUGGAGCGAGUGGAGGGCCCUCGAACAGGUCCAAGGUCUACAGAUCUUAAGCAGCAUCUCCACCAGCUCUUUCACCACCACUAUGAACAAAAACACGGAGAAGACGCCGACGAGAAGCAGGAAGAGUAGACCCACCGAUUACUGCUUGAACCCACUCCCGAGCUAGACGUUUCCCUUAAAAUCCUAUGCAUUAGCCAGAUGCAAUCCCAGAGCGUGCUAAGUCGCCUCUAAGUUACCAUAGUCUUCCCAUUUAGUCUCGAACCACAUCUUUAUUUCAAUUUAUAUUCUUGUUUUACGUGACCAAAGAAGACAUUUUUGUUGUUGUUUUUUUCCUUUCCCCUUUAAUUUAUUUCCAUGCUUGAAGUUGUUGUCACUACGGUAGAGGCUCAUACAUACCCAGAAAUAUUACCUUACACGUUCAUUAUGUAACACGCAGACCUCUUCUAUCCUCAAAAAUAGUUUACCUGCUGAAUAUUUCUACCGCUCUUCUCAAUAUAUGCUUGGACUGUGCACUUACUCUCACCACUCCACUCACCGUUAUAUGAAACCAGGUGGUCAGGAUGUCACGUAGACCUUAUGAUUGCUCAUAUCCAUCGCUGCUGCUUCUGUGUUUUGUGUAGGCUAUAUGUAAUCUGAAUUCUAUAUUAUCUAUUUAGAGGCAUUAUGGACAUCUGUAGCCUAGAAACUAAUAGCUACUCAUGUGAAGUAGAGCAGGCAUGACUAAUCAACAUCUGUCAUUAUAUUAGCUUCAUAGUUCUGUGGACUGCUGCUACCUCCCCUAUGUGUGUGUUUUCAUUUAUGUGAUGUUAUACCAUAUAUUUUUCAGAACGGUGACAACUACCAUAACUGUUUGUUCAUGCAUGUAUUUCUUAUUUCAUGUCAGAUCUAUAAUUAUGUAAUGCAUUGAAUGUAUUUUACUUUUUAUUUUUUGUAAUGAUGUGCCAUCCUUAGGUGAGAUGAAGAUGAUCCGUUACUGACUGGAACAAUGAUUUAAAGUAUUGUUUAAAAUCUGAGUUUGUGUGAAUGAAUUUGUGAGCAGGUUCUCUCCGUAUAGUUAAAAGGGACACGCAGUAUUUACCACGAUACGCAAACAGGCACUUCUGAAUGUCAGAGUGAACCCUCCAUGCUUUUUGUGCACAGGCUUUGAGGUAAAACUAGAGGUUGAGAGUUUCAGUUUGCCAUUAUUCACAACGCUUUGUACUGUAUGUACCUACAACAUGUACUUUAAUGUAUUUAAUUCUGUCUCACUGUUCAUUUAGUGACUUAGAGAUACGUAUGUACAAUGCAAACUAGUGGAAGUUCACUGUGACAGGUAUGCUUUGAUUUUGAGCAUCCUUCUUCUGUGAUGAGUUAUAUAUAAUUCAAUUUAAUGCAUAUGUAUAAAUAUUUAGGGCAUGAACUAAAAAAAAAAUAACAAUAAAAUGACUGCAGUGUUUCCAUGGCUGAUGUCGCAAAUAAAAAUAUUCAAAUACUGG